AUGGAUCCCACCGAACACAAACUGACCACAUUCUGCUUCGACCCCUCCACCCAGACCUUCACGGAGAAGAGUGUCAUCAAGAGCCUGGGCCACAAUGACAUUCUCGUCAAAACGACGCAUUCCGGAAUCUGCUUCACCGACGUGCACGCCAAAGACAAGCAAUGCGGCUUAGGUCACGAAGGCAUCGGCCUCGUCGCCAAGACGGGUUCCGCAGUCCGGCAUCUGCAACCCGGCGAUCGAGUCGGGUGGGGAUGGCUACAUAGUUCGUGCGGCCACUGUUCAACCUGUGUCACUGGAUAUCGACAAUAUUGCAGCGCAGCUCGAGGAUUUGCUUUUUCGGAUCUGGAUCAGGGCGCAUUCAGCGAUUACAGAAUUCUCGAUGCGGCGUUUGCAUAUCCCAUUCCACGAGGCAUCGCGUCUGUGGACGCUGCGCCGUUGAUGUGUGCUGGAGCUUCGGUAUAUGAGGCUCUCGAUGCAGCAGGCACCACGUCGAAUGAUCGUGUGGGUGUAGUCGGGAUUGGAGGACUGGGCCAUUGUGCGAUUCUAUUCGCAUCGGCUAUGGGAUGCGGCGUGACUGCGCUAUCGAGUAACAGCGACAAGAUGGCAGAUGCUUUUGAGCUGGGGGCAGAUGAAUUUCGCGAACUACAAGACAUUGGCUUGUCUCAAAGGGUGGAGAAUGAACCUGAAGAUGAUCCUGCACCUGCGAAUAUUAAUGUCCUUCUCAUCACAUCCAAUGUGGUGCCCGACUUGCGGACUCUGCUGCCGCUGCUUGCGAGGAGAGCGACGAUUGUGCUCAUGACUAUUCAGCCGGACUCGAUUGAGAUUCCGUACAUGGACUUUGUCUUGCCCGGACAUCGACUGAUUGCAUCGACGGAAGCAUCGCGGGAGAAUCAUAUCAAAAUGCUCGAGUUUGUGGACAGAAGGCUGAUUGAACCAUGGACGGAAGUGUUUGAUAUGACGCCAGAGGGAAUUUCCGAGGCCUUUGAGAAGCUUGAAAGUGGUCGUAUGCGGUAUCGUGGAGUCUUGGUGAGGCCAUGA